AUGGAGCCAGUCAAGCCAACCAUGGAGACAAAAGCGUCAGCCGUGUCGUCCCCUACCCAGACAGAGCAUGAUACUGCUGCUGAUGGCAAACGUCCACCGCCAUUACUGGCUAAGAUAUUUGCUGUAUUUCUCAUCUCCUGCAUCAGCUUUGGCUCUCAUUGGAGCUCUGGAGUGACAGGGGCCAUGAAGAGCACCAUCAAAAAGCAACUGCAUGUCUCCAACACUCAAUUCUCCCUGUUGGAGGCCAGUGAGGAUUUUAUGGCGACCGUGCUGUUAUUGAUCAGUGGAGUUAUUACAGAUCGAGUCGGCGGAGCAGAAAUGAUCAUUUAUGGCAAUGUCAUCUAUACAAUCGGAUCAAUCCUCGUUGCUGCAGCUACUACCGUGCGCUCAUUCAACUUCAUGAUUGGCGGUCGAGUCAUCCUAGCCCUUGGAGACAUCGCAACACAGAUCGCCCAGUAUAAGAUGUUCUCUUCAUGGUUCCCCCCAAGCAAUGGAUUUGCUUCCACACUUGGCUUUGAGUUAGCAGUUGGAAAAAUUGGGGGGUUUGUCGGUAAAUCCACUGCCAAUGUCAUUGCCAAGAAAACUGGAAACUUUGCUUGGGUCUUUUGGACCUCUGUCUUCAUGAACCUCUUCACCAAUGCUGCAACCGUCAUAUUCUGGUUCUUCAACCGCUACUGUAAUGUCCAUUACAGAGGAAGGCAGGAUACGGCUACCAAGGAAGUCCUGACAGAGAAGAACAAGAAGUUUGAACUUCAAAAGAUGUUCCAGCUCCCUUGGAUGUUCUGGACUGUCAUGGCAUUCUCGCUGUUCCAGACAUCUACGGCCUCGGUCUUUAGCCAGAAUGCAACCGAGCUGGCAGAGAGGCGCUUCAAUGUGGACUCAAUCACAGCAGGAUGGUACAGCUCUCUGUCACAAUAUGCCGGCUUCUUUCUGGUCCCAUGUUUGGGUGUCUUUAUCGAUGUCCUCGGGAACCGCGCCAGUGUUUUGUGCGUCUGUGGAAUCGGAAUGUUCCUCAGCAUGGUUCUGGUCAACUUUGCCGAGACCAGGUCUGGCACGGCCGCAUCAUUCGGAAUAUAUGCCAUAGCCGUUUCGCUGGGCCCAACUUCCAUCAUCGACAGCAUUCGCACAACCCUAUGGCAUCAAUCAGUCUUUGGAUCUGCUUAUGCCCUCAAAGUUACAAUGAACAAUGCGAUGAACAUCAUCAUCCGCAUCAUUACUGGAGCGCUACAAGACGCUGAUGACGACUCGUAUCGACGAGUAGUCCGCGUUUACCUGUUUCUCGCCGCAGCGUCUGUUGUUGUGGGCCUAGCGAUAUUGCUCGCGGCUCUGAUGACUGACAGCCUGGCGCCGCUCCAAUGGACGAGAAGACAACGACUGACUUUAGGCCCAGAGCAUAUUCGCAUGAUUCGUGAGCGGCACACCGUGACAUGCUAUGCUCGCAACAAACUGAUAUCUAUCUACUGCUUCUCGGCGCUCCUGUUACUGACGGUUGGGGGCUGGGUGGCUUACAUUUGGGGAGCGGUGACAGGGAAUAACUCAUAG